CCUGUCUCUCUUCUCGAGGGCAAAACGGCGUUCACUUAUCAACAGCGUGACCGCAACAGAUAGACAGAGAUGAGCGUUUACACGAGAACGAGCUGCAUUUGAAAGAAAGAGCAAGCUCCGUCACCAAACACAGACUCCGUGCUUCAGAUUUUCGAUUUCUUCGUUUGGGGGUUGUUCGUAAUUGAGAAACAGACGGAAGGACUAUCAUAACAGAUCCCGGAGAAGCACAUUUCUGAUACUAGUUACAUGGUACCUGCUUGCACGCAAAUGCCACCACCGGUUUUCCCUCAGGGUAUCGCUGCAUGCUCUUCCGGAGGCAGGUUUUUCCGCUUCAUCUUCACAUGAGAUGACGGCAGACUGCUUUGGCUGUUUGAAGUGGUGUCCCUGUGGGAUUGUCAGUGCUGAAAGGACAGGAGCAGAACCCAACAGCGUCAGAUAGACCGGUCUUUGGCUUCAGUUCUUCUGUUGUGCUCAGGAUGGUGCAUUCAGCGUCACUCUGCGCCUGUCUGUCUCUUCUGUCUGUCCUCAGCUGUCAUUCUCAUGUUCUACCCCGACUCUCUUUUCCCACAGGUAGUCCAGGUCGUUCCCUCAGUAUCUUCACAAACCCUGAUGUUUACAACACCACCACGCUGUUGCUUAGCGACGAUGAGGGCACUUUAUUCAUCGGAGCUCGUGAUUCUGUUCUUUCAGUCGAUGUCAGUCAGACGGAUGCGAUGACCAUGAAGGAGAAGCUGGACUGGUCUCCGUCAGAAAAAGAUCUCGCUGACUGUGCCAUGAAAGGCAAAAUGAAGAUGGAUUGUCAUAACUUCGUGAGGGUUUUGCAAGAGCUGAACUCCACCCAUAUGUACGCCUGUGGAACGUUUGCCUUCAGCCCCCGCUGCAUCUACAUCAAUUCGAAGACAUUUUCCAUGGCUACAGGCCCCAGCGGUAAGCCAGAAGAAGGCAGAGGCCGCUGUCCUUAUGACCCAUACCAGAAGAACACUGCCAUAACUGUGGAUGGAGAACUGUACACCGGAACAGUGGCAGACUACAGGGGAACUCGGCCUGUGAUUUCACGCCACUUGAGCGAAGGCAGCCAUAUUGAUCUGAAACUGGAUGAUACACUUGGCUGGUUAGAAGAUCCUACAUUCAUCAGCUCCACGUACGUUCCCAGUGAGGAGAAGGUUUAUUUCUUCUUUAGUGAGACUGGAAAAGAAUAUGACUUCAUUGACAAGUUUACAGUGUCUCGCGUUGCCCAAGUUUGCACCAGUGAUGUGGGAGGCCAGCGUACUCUGCAAAAACGCUGGACCACCUUUGCCAAGGCUCAGCUGCUAUGUCAAGCUGAACAAGAGCUGCCCUACAACAUCCUGCAGGACAUUGUCAGCCUUUCACCACCAGAGGGCACGUCUGAGGACGAAACUCUAUUCUAUGGGAUUUUCACUUCUCAGUGGCAAGUUAACUUGGGUCGCUCAGCUGUGUGUGCUUUCAGCCUCAAAGACAUUAAAAAGGUGUUUAAUGGACAUUACAAGGUUCUGAAUCGGGACACUUUAAAAUGGAGCACGCGGGUACAGGAGCAAAUGGCAAACCCUGGAGAGUGUGGCCUCCAUAAUGCGUCAGACAACACUCUGCGCUUUGUUAAAGACAACUUCCUGGCUGAUAAAAGUGUUCGACCGGCCAAUCAGGGCCUGACACUGGUGUCACCUGAUAAGAGCUACAGCAACAUCGCAGCUCAGAGAGUCCGUGGAGCGCGCGGCAGAGAUUACACUCUGCUUUACCUGCUCACAGAGUCUGGCUACCUGCACAAGGCUGUGCUCUUGAAGAACGGAGUUCACAUCAUUGAGGAGAUCCAAGUGUUUCAUCAACCUCAGCCAGUCAAAAACCUCCUGCUGUCAGUCUCAAAGGGUGCAGUGCUGGUGGGCUCUUCAGAAGGAGUUAUUUCAGUGCCUGUGUCCAACUGUUCAUACUACUGGAGCUGUGCUGAGUGUGUUUUAGCCAGAGACCCCUUCUGUGGCUGGGACCCUGUGAUGAAGCUCUGCACAGACAUACACGCUCACGACCAUCUUGUCCAGGAUGUAGAUGAGGGAAAUGUGUCAGUGCAGUGUACAUAUAUGACCCCCAGGUCACGCUCAGUCCAGUCCCGAACCCUUUCAAGUGAAGUGGUGUCCGUGUCACUAAACGAAGUAGUGCACCUGCAGUGUCCGGGAGCGUCGCACCUCGCCAAACGCCACUGGGAGCGUCUCAACAGCCAGCUCUCGCCCAAAAUCUACAUUCAGUCGGACGACGGCGGCCUCAGCUUCGUGGCGACCCCGUCCACCCUGGGACACUACCUGUGCCAGUCUGUGGAGAACGGCUACACUCAAACACUGGUCGCCUACAACGUCAAACAGAAGAGCAGCCCCACCGUCCCACCAGCCACCCUGAACCGCCCACACAGCACCCCGUCCACAGAAACAGGAAUUAAAACCCCCGUCUUAACUACCAGACCCAUCACACCUGAACAAACAGAGCCCACGCCUAAACCAGACGAAGUGGAUCCUACAGUCACACCCAAAGAUUCACCGGCGGCCACCACUCGCAGAAGCAGGAACUUUACUCGCUUGCUUGGCAUGGAAAAGGAAGACUCCCGAAUGACCGAGCCUGGUGAAAACCUCCAGCAAGCGGACACGCCCAGCUACUUUCAGGAGCUUGUAGUGGUGUCCGUUCUCUUAGCUCUGUGCAUCAGCGCCUUGCUAACCAUCGCUUUUAACAGAUUCAGGCAUCUUUGUCCUAGCAAGACGGUCCCGCAAACUCCUUCCUCUCGCAGGGACGUCGAGAAGAGCGGAAGUGCGACGCCCCAGGAGAGAGAGUCUCUCAGAGGAAACUCGCCUUGUUUGGAAAAGCGGAACGGACAAGCUCCUAACGGACAGUCCCACAACGGUCAGGCACAUAACGGCAAAUCUCCCAUCACGCUGAGCAACAGCAUGCUGAACAGCUCAAACGGUCACCUGCCCAACACACCCAUCUGACGCACUCGUCUGGUUUUCUGGGUUCACUGUAAACCUCGUUUCUGAGCCAAACCGGGCUUCUCCUGCAUCGAGCCCUGUCCCUGAACCACUUCGCUUUCCGAGAGGAAAAAAACUGGUAAAAACUGCACACCUGACCUUUUUUUGAGCUGUAAGACUCAAAGAUCUUAAACUCUUGGUACUUCAGUAGUGUACAUUUUUCAGUUCGUUCAUAUUUAUGCUGUAAUUUAUGUGACAACUGUUUGUUUCAGUCUAAAGUGUUUCAGAUGUUAUGCCUCUCUAAAAUCACAUGUAUACGUAGAUGGUCAGUUUAAGAUUUUUAUUGAUCUCUUCAAAGGUUUUAAUUGAUGUCAGAAGCUGUUCAGUCAGCUCAGUUUAAAAUACACUUUUUAAAUAAUUUUAUAUUACAAAUUUUCAUGAACCUUAAAAGUAAAAUGUAAUAAAGUUUCCUAAGAGAGGCAGCUGAUCAUCGGCUAAUUUCAGCUUCAAAGAAUUGCUUGAAAUUGCAUAUUUUCCAAUAUGAUCAAAUGUUCAGUUUCCUGUACUCUUGUCUGCAUUGUUCAGAGUUGCUAUAUCGCACAUCUUUUUUUAGUCUUUGCCUUUUUUCCUUAUUUUUGAAUGCUAAGACGAGGUAUUGUCGGUGUAACUUUUUUUUUUCUUUCAGUUCACCCAAAAAUUAAAAUUUUGUCAUUUUAUACACCCUCAGAUUGUUGGUAACCAAACCGUUUUGGUUUCCCGUGACACUUGUUUUAUGUUGAGAAAAAAAAAAAAAAAAAAAAAAAACGAUGUCAGACAAUGGGAAUAGAAACAGUUUGGUUAACUAUGUUUUUGAAAAAAUUUUAAGAAAGAAAAAAAAAAAAGAAUCUUUUGUGUUCCGCUGAAGAAACUCAUACAGGUUUAGAAUGACAUGAGGGUGAGUUAAUAUCAGAAUGUUCAUUUUUGGGUCAAUUAUCUCUCGAAUGUUGCACCAAUGCAAAAAUGAAGCUUUCGAAGAUGCUUUUCAAGUGGUUUAAUUUAAAUAAGUAUUUUGUAAUGCAUAAAAUUGUGCUGAUCAGUAAUGUGCAGGUACGAGUAGAUGUUUGUCUAUCAUUCAUAUUUCAGAGUAACAAUAUCUCAAUAUAAAAAUAAUACUCAAAUGUGUUAUUUCGCGACCUGUUAUAGAAAACUAUGGAGCCUGGUUACCUCGUUCAAUAUUGACCACUUCACUCUGCCCUAACGACAAAACACAGGAACUUCAACACUGGAACUGAGAAAAUGGCCUCGAAGGAUUUUUGGGUUGAAUUUUGUUCAGUUUUUAUUAUUCAAAGCACUGGGAGAUGGUUAAGCCAAUCUGUUACAGGAAAAAUCAUAGUCAAAGAAACUUGUUUUGUUCUUAAAUAUGAUAAGAAAAAAAAAAUCGGCAGUUGUGUUUUGCGUUUGCACAGCAGUAUAUUGGGCCUGUUUGUAGCUGCAUCCACUAAAUUGGGAGUGACCUGCACCUGUUGUUUUAUUCUUUCCCAGCCUGUGGUUUGUCACUGAACGGUACGGAUUUGAAGUCUUCAUUCUGGGGAAAUCACUUGUAAAUUGUGAUAUUGCCAAAUGUGUGUUUUAUAAUCAAAUGACGGAGAACUUGUUCUGUUUAGUGGUUCAGAGAAUGGUUCCAUGUAUCUGUUUGUCUGUAGUUGGGUAACUGAGACCAGUCGAAGUCCAGUAUGUGAAGCCUGUCACAGGAUUAGAUGCAUUCUCCUGCACGCCACUGUUUUUGAAAGAUUAUGUUGUUUAUUUUUUUAUAGCCUAUGAUGCAGGCUGUUUUGAGAAUAAAAGAUGCUGAUUUAAA